AUGGCUGCCGUUGACUCUGAUGACUCGUUCAAAGCCAAGAUCCAGUAUCUUGCCAGAGACGACCAGCAUCAGCUGGUGAAACCAUAUUAUUUGUACUUCAAGUACGACUCCGAGAUUGCUCCAACAAACACAUCCCCUGAUAAUCGAUUUGUCCACAUCUGUAAUGCUCGGAAUCUGGGCAUUCCGUCGAGAGAGAUGUUCUUCGAGUGGGGGUUUUCUCAGCUGCGUCUUGAUUGUCCAUUGACACCUGAGGAGUAUUACUACGAUAAGAAAGUGGAAGAAGUCCUAUACCCCAAAUACAAAUCGAUUGCCCGGUUUCUGUUUCCAACUGCUGCGCGAGUUGAAGUCUUAGAGCACGCAGUUCGCAAACGUCACCCUCUUUGGCUAUCUGAGGGUAUAGAACGACACGAGCUUAAGACAAACCAACCGAGUGAUUAUGUGCACAUUGGUACGCGCGCUUCAUCCUUCUGGAAGCCAAUAAGAGGGCCAGUAUACGACUUUCCGCUCACGCUUUGCGACCGCCGUACAAUAAACUACGCAUCUCAGGCCACUGCAAUGGAUAUCGUUACUAGUGAUUACGUUAACGAGAACACUCGGAUAUACUUUGACGAGAAGCACAAAUGGUACUACUGGCACGGAUUGCAGGUGGACGAGGUAAUCGCCUUCAUACAGGCAGAUUCCCAAGCAGAGAACCAAGCAGGUAUGAUGGACUUUACCCCUGUCGUCUAG